UAAGGGGACCAUACAGCUGUUUCUGGUAUUUAAAGACACAUCACUCAAUUUUUAGAAAAAGUAAUCCAAUUUCUUAGCAAAUGCAAUUUUCUCGUAAAUUAAUAUGUCGGCUUUUAAAUAUUUGUGCAAUAAGUCCAUUUUAUUAUUAACACUAUGUAUUCUCUCGGUGAGUUUAGUAAAAGGCCAUGAAGGGAAGGAUUUCGAUGACUCAAUCCUAUAUAAAAUCGAUUUUGAAUUACCUGAUUUUGAUAAGGAACCUGAUUUAAAAAAUCAUCUACGAACAUUUUACACUCAUGAUAAUGAAAAAUACGAUUGUGUUAUACCAGUUGUGCAAGAUGCCCAGGAAGAACCAGCUUCCACCGAGCCAGAAUUGUCGCCAUUAACACUACUGCAACCUCUAUUUUCAACACCAAGUUGCUCGUACAGAAUUGAAGCCUAUUGGUCUUAUGAAAUUUGCCAUGGUCAACAUGUACGGCAAUCCCAUGAAGAAAGAGAAGGAAAAAGCGCAAAAUUACAGGAAUACUACUUAGGCAAAUGGUCGGAGCAGAAGACUGAAGAACUAACAAAAGCAUGGGAAAGUGAUCGCAAGGCAGGUUUUAAAUACAAAACAACUAAAAUUGAGAAUACGCGAUAUCCGUAUUUUGAGUUAGAAAUGAGUGAUGGCACCAUGUGUGAUAUCAUAAAUUUGCCACGAACAACGAAUGUCCGUUACGUCUGUUAUCCUCAUGGCAAGAAUGAAAUAUAUUCAUUCAAGGAGACCUCAUCAUGUAACUACGAAGCUAUUAUUCUUACUUCUGUGCUCUGCAUGAUUCCGGCAUUCCACCCCGAAGAAUCAAAAGAGGUCUCUAUAAAAUGUUUUAAUUCGCCUACUGAAACGCAUAAACCCCUUAGCAUGUUGAAACAAGAGCUUGGUGAAAUGCAACUAGCAGAUGAUGAAUUGCCUGUAUCAAAAGAUGCAAGCACAGCCGCAAUGGCCUUAGCACGUUCAGCGGCGGCUGUCGAACGCUUAUCUUUCUUCAAUAAAAUUGGUACAGACGUUGAUAGAUUAGUUCUUGAAUUAAUGAUAGGCGCUGGAGUUGAAGUACCUGUGGCGCCAGUAGGUGAAUCAGAAGUUGUGCCAAAUAUACCUAAGGCGCCCAUCACAGAUCUAAUACCAAUUAAAGAGUUCAUUUCUGGGAAUAAUUGCUUAACUGGGGGCACAGGUUGGUGGAAAUAUGAAUUCUGUUAUGGGCGACAUGUGCGGCAGUUCCAUAUUGAUAAAAAAGCGGAAACAGAACUAAUUUUAGGUGAAUUCUCUGAAAAUUCACAUCGCCAGUGGUUGGAUAGGAAUUUAGAUAAAAUGCCAAAACGUGGUGGGUACUCCACAGCGCUUUGGCACCACUAUGAUCGUGGUUCAGUGUGUGAGCGUACGGGCUCUGAACGCGAGGUAGAUGUCAAGCUAAUGUGCACCCCAGUUAGUAGUAGUACGAGUGCAGUGUCUAUUUAUUUGUUGGAGCCUAAAACAUGCCAAUAUAUUUUGGUAGUGGAAUCACCGAUCGUGUGCGACCUCAUGCAGCUAGCGGAUGAGUACGGUUUGGUGCACAAAGAAACCAUACAACAAAUGAUUGAAAAGAAUACAUUGUCAAAUGUAGAAACCGCAAAAGACCAAAGUUCAUCACAACCCGAAAGCGCAACGGAACCAAAACCAAAUGAAGAAAGUAAUGCAUUGAAUGAAGCUGUCAUUCAACACGAUAUACUUGCAUGAAAAGUUAAACUUAAUUUGUAAUAAUAAUCAUCUCGUACUCUUGUAAGUGAUUUGCAAAACUAUUUUCAGUACCACUACAAUGCUUGUGUGCUGCUUAAUAAAUUUAAAUUUUUAAUGAAAA